CCUAUGUGUGCUUUUACUUACAAUCGCAAUAUAAACAUUUACACACUUUGGUAACAUAUUUCCCCAGGCAAAUGCAUUCUCCGUGGUAAUUACAUAUAACAUGCAAAUCCUUGCCACCAACAGAGUGUGGAGAAACAGCGGGCUGGUGUGAAAAGAGUGUUUAUAAGCACAAAUGUAUCUGAAGAGCUCAUAUCAGAGGUAGAAUGGGUAAGAUGUUGGUCUGGUUUGUGUUUCUCUCUCUCUUGAGCUUUAGUGACACUGGAGGUCUUCACCUUCAAGGGGAUUAUAUCAUCUCUGGCUGGUUCCCUCUCCAUAAUUCAGAAUCCACCAUCCCAUCGACACCUUACCUGACUGACUGCACACAAGGCUUGAUCAACAAGCAUGGCUAUCAUCUGGUGCAGGCCUUCAGAUAUGCAGUGGACGAAAUUAACAACGGCACUCAGGAUAAGCAACUCCUUCCAGGGGUCACGCUGGGCUACCGGACAUAUGACUUGUGCUCCCUCCCAGCCAGCAAUCUGGCCACCCUGGAUUUGCUGACCCAGCAGCACCACAGUUCAGUUGUCAACAGCCGCUCUGUGGCCAUCAUCGGCCCUGACAGUAGUUCCUACUCUUUUACACCAGCCGGUGCUCUUGGUGCAUUCCUGGUGCCUCAGAUCUCCUACGAGGCCACAAACGAAUUGCUAAGCAACAAAAUUCUCUAUCCAGCUUUCUUCCGCACCAUUCCCAGUGACAAGAACCAAGUCAGUGCAAUGAUACAGAUUCUGGUCAGAUUUAACUGGACCUGGAUCGCCAUUCUCGGUAGUGACAACUCAUACGGUAUUCAAGGAAUGCAAGGCCUUUCCCAGCAAGCUUCACUUCACAAUUUAUGUAUUGCAUACCAAGCCCUGAUACCCGCUGUAACUGACAAGACGAAACAAAACAUGCAAGACAUGGUCAAAAACAUCAUCAAAACCAAAGUCAACACUAUAGUUGUCUUUGCCAAUAAGAGGCGGGCCGCUGGCUUCUUUCCUUUUGUUAUCGACCAAAACGUGACGGGUAAAGUGUGGAUUGGGACAGAGGACUGGUCGGUGGCGUCAACAGUGAGUAGCAUCCCAGGGAUCAGUACGAUAGGGACUGUCCUCGGUGUCGCAGUCAAAUAUACUGAAUUCAGUGGGUAUGAAGAUUUUGUGAGGCUUUCUGUGCCUGGACUUAAAGACAUUGGUCUAAACAGUUCAUUCAACCUCAACGUCCCAUGUAUGCAAAAUACAGACCUUUAUGAUAUGGCGAUAAAAGGCUUUUCUUUGUCGCAGUAUGACAUCGUUUCCUCCUUUAACGUGUAUAAGGCCGUGUACGCAGUGGCUCAUGCGGUGCACAACAUCCUGCAUUGUGACUCUGGACUAUGUCAGAAAUAUAAGGUGCAGCCAUGGGAGGUAUUUCAACAGCUGAAACAAGUUCAGUUUUCAAUUCGAAACACAUCAUUUUAUUUUGAUAAGAAUGGAGACCCUCCUACAGGUUAUGAUAUUGUGACAUGGCUAUGGAUGGAUGGCCAGUGGUCAUUUAAAGUGGUGGGAAGUUUCAGUCCCAGUCCGACUGAUCUUCAGUUAGACGCCUCUCAGAUUCAAUGGACAGGGCAGGUGUCUCCUGUAACCAAGGUUCCCGAGUCAAUUUGUUCCCCAGAGUGUCCCUACGGACACAGAAAGCUCAUGACCGGACAGCAUAAGUGUUGUUUUGACUGCAUGGCAUGCCCUGCUGCCACCUUCCUCAACAAAACUGGUUACACUAGCUGCCAAGCGUGUGCCAAAGAUGACUGGUCUGAAGCAGAGAGUGAGACAUGUGAGAAGAGGGCAGAGCUGUACCUGUCGUGGGGCACUCCGCUCACUACUGCCCUGCUCAUAUACCUGGGUGUGACCCUGUUCCUCACCCUGGGCACAGCUCUCAUCUUCCUGUUUAACCUCAGUACCCCUGUGGUGAAGUCGGCCGGAGGGAAGACCUGUCUGCUGAUGUUGGCGUCUCUGACCGUUGCCACCUCCAGCACACUGUGCCACUUCAGCAGACCGUCCCGCACCGGCUGCCUCCUCAAACAGCCGCUCUUCAUCAUCAGCUUUACCGUGUGCCUGGCGUGUGUGACUGUGCGAUCUUUUCAGGUGGUUUGUAUAUUUAAAUGGUCCUCCAAGCUGCCAAGAUUCUAUGAGACGUGGGCUAGGAAGCGAGGCCCUGAGAUGUUCAUCUUCAUCAUGACAGUGGUGGAGGUCUUCAUCUCGGUUCUUCGCAUGCUCCUCGACCCUCCCUUUCCAUCUCAGGACUAUGACUUCUACCAUGACAGCAUUGUUCUGGAGUGCAGUAAGACCCUGUCUCUCGGGGCCUUCGCCGAGCUCCUUUUUGUGUGUGUGUUGAGCUUAAUUUGUUUCUGCUUGAGCUACAUGGGAAAAGAUCUGCCUGCCAAUUACAAUGAGGCUAAAUGCAUUACAUUCAGUCUCAUGAUAUACAUGAUUUCUUGGAUCACUUUCUUUACAGCUUACUGCAUUUCCAGAGGGAGCUUCGCCAUGGCCCUAAAUGUAGGGGCCAUCCUCUUAAGUGUGCUAGGGAUACUCGGCGGCUACUUUUUGCCGAAGGUGUACAUAAUCUUGAUAAAACCCCAAAUGAAUACAACAGCUCACUUCCAAAAUUGCAUUCAAAUGUACACCAUGUCCAAGCAGUGAAAGCGAAUAAGACUUUCUACUAUGUCUCUCAACAUUAGGAUAAUCCAAUAGUGCCUUCUAACAAUACAGAGCAACAUAAUCCCAGUUUCAGUCUUAGAAGGAGCCGAUACUCUGAUUGUCUUGGGACUGUGACUGCUUGGCAUAUGCGUAGCCAGUGGGCAGAUCGUCAGAGAAAGCCUAAUUGUGUUGGCUACCAAAAGGGCAGAGCAACCGGUUCGGCUGCCCUGCGUGAACACCUGUCAUGUGCUCCGCUCUCAUGGGUGCCCAGUUUCACUCCAAACAACUCUGAGAAAAGAUUUAAUUGGGCAGCUAAUUUUGCAGAUACGAGGACAGAUGGUGUCACUUGUCCUGUUUGUCUUUAGUAAAUCGUAUUGCCCAAAGUUAUCAGUAAAUAUAGUAAAAAAUAUAGGAUAAAUAUGGGAACCCUUUACAAUAAGGUCCCAUCAGUUAACAUUAGUUAAUCCAUUAACUAACAAUGAUCAAUACUUUUGUUAGAGUAUUUAUUAAUCUUUGUUAACGUUAGUUUAUAAAAAUGUACCUGUUUAUUGUUCAUUCAUGUUAGCUCGGGUCUAUUAAAUAUGAUUAAAGUCAGAAUGUAAUGGAAGUUGCGAUGGUCUUUUACGUAUCUGAAUAAAACACCUUCAUGAACAAGAAAAAGUGUAGGGUGAGACUUGAUUUUGUCCAUCAGGAAUUGAUUGGAUCGUUGGAUUGUUAAGGUUUGCUAUUGCUGUGAUCUCAUGAGAGUGACAAUAUGUCCCGCCCUCACGUCAGUACACACAUCAUUAGAAAAGAGAAGAGAUGCCACUGCAAGAGGAGGGGAAGUUAUUUUGAUUAAAGAUUAUGAGGGCACAAUGAUAUGCAUGGAUAAAUAAUUUAUAAUAGAGCAAUAUUCCAUAAAAAGAACAGGAAUUGU